UGUGGUGAGUCUGCCUGAGGGGCAGACACCACCAUUUCAGGAGGUUCCUGUGGAGAAAAGAUGUCUGUAUAGAAGCCACUCAACACCGGACAGUAGCUCCAUGGCAGCCCCCCUGCUCCUCCUCUUCUUUCUGGUGCCCACAGCAACCCCAAACUUCUGCAACACAGCCGCCCACUUUGAGUGUAAACGCCACAAGUCUUUUGUCCCUGGCUCUUGGGUGGCAGGAGAGGGUGUGGAUGUGACCAGUCUUCGUCGCUCAGGCUCCUUCCCUGUGGACACACAGCGCUACCUGCGACGUGAUGGCACCUGCACCCUCUGUACAAAUAACCUGAAGAAUGGUGCCAUCCAGCGUCUUCCCCUGGCACUCGCCGACUGGCGGGCUCAGGGUUCAAACUGCCAGCGCAAGGUGGCCAGUGCUAAAGUCAGCUCCACUGAGGGUGUGGCCCGGGAUGCAGCUCAGAGCAUCCGCAAUGACUGGAAAGCAGGCCUGGAAUUGAAUCCUAAGCCCAGCGCCAACGCACAAGUGACCAUGGCCGGCUCACACUCCAAUGCUGCUAACUUUGCAGCUGAAAAGACCCACAAAGACCAGUACAGCUUCAACAAAGAUGUAUUGGAGUGUCACUUCUACAGUGUCCGCCUGGUACAUGCUCCCCCGCUCCACCGUGAUUUCAAGACAGCACUCAAGGCCCUGCCACCACACUUCAAUGCCUCCACCCAGAGUGACUACAUCAGGCUCGUCUCCAACUAUGGCACCCACUUCAUCCGAUCCAUGGAGCUGGGUGGUCGGCUCUCCUCCCUGACUGCCAUGCGCACCUGUGAGCUGGCCCUGGAAGGGCUCACGGCAGACGAGGUGGCAGACUGCCUGGAGGUUGAGGCCCAGGUCAGCAUAGGAGGCAAAGCCACCAGCUCAUCUGAAUACAAGGCCUGUGAGGAGAAGAAGAAGCAGCACAAGAUGGCGACCUCCUUCCACCAGGCCUACCGGGAACGCUAUUCUGAAAUAGUGGGUGGCAACCAUACCUCCAUACAUGACAUGCUGUUUGGGCAGCAGGCUGGGCCUGAACAAUUCACUGAGUGGGUGGCCUCACUGCUGGACAAUCCUGGCCUGGUGGGCUACACCCUGGAGCCACUGCACAUUCUCCUGAAGAAUAAGGACCCAAGGCGGGAGGCACUGAGGCAGGCUGUGAGCACCUACAUUCUGCACAAGGCACGCUGGAGGGACUGCAGCCGGCCCUGCCCCACUGGGCAGUACAAGAGUCCCCACGACCCGUGCCAGUGUGUGUGCCACGGCUCAGCAGUCAGCACCCAGGACUGCUGUCCCCGGCAGAGAGGCAUGGCCCAGCUGCUGGUUAUGAAUUUCAUGGCGGCAGGUCUCUGGGGAGAUAGCACCACUGCUACUGAUGCCUAUCUAAAGGUCUUCUUUGGAGGCCAGGAGCGGAGGACUGACACAAUAUGGAACAAUAACAACCCCACGUGGAGAAUACGGGUGGACUUCGGCGAUGUGCUUCUGUCCACUGGGGGUCCCCUGAGGGUGCAGGUCUGGGAUGCAGACCAUGGCUGGGACGAUGACCUUCUGGGCACUUGUGACAGGUCUCCACAGUCUGGGACCCAUGAAGUGAAUUGCAACCUUUCUCAUGGUCGCCUAAAAUUCAUCUACCAAGCCAAGUGCUUGCCUCACCUGGGAGGGCCCACCUGCAUGGAUUAUGCCCCCCGUGGACUUCUGGGGGAGCCUCCAGGAAACCGGAGUGGGGCGGUGUGGUGAGAACAGCAGGCUGUGAAAGGACCAGGGUAUAUGGCUUGCAGGGGAGCUAGGAGAGGCUUGGCUGACUUCCCAGUUUUCAUAAAGCAGAUGGCAAGGUGCACCAUUUUGUUAAUCAGUGAGGAGGCUGAGUCUGUGGGCCAGCUGAGUCUCCUUGUCCAAACUGCCUCAGCUCUCUGAUGUCCUGGACCCCCUAAAUCAGCUGAGGCUGGGCCACGUCCUAAAUUCACUGCUCCACAGCCACCGCCAUGCCCACCCAGAUGCUUGUUGCCACUGUAGGCCUCCUCCUCUGCUGCUCCUUGUCGUUUGGAGAGUCCCUCACCAGAUUAGACCCACCCCUUCCGCCCUCACUGCGCUGACUUCUCUGCCCACCAGGCUCUGCUGCCCGGACAACAAGGCCCGUCCUGACCUGUCGCUGUUUCCACUUGCUGACAGGGGACCCAGAAAGGUGAUAUGAUGGCGGUGGUUGUGACAGGAGAGGCUGAGGCCCAAACACAGCCCUGGGGAUAAACUGUGCUGCUGUACAUAUGCUUCACCUGUGGGCAUGCAGAUGAUGGAAAUAAACUAUUUUUUUCACCUUU